AGCUAAGGUCUGUCAGCUUCGUUUCUUAGCAAUAUAGCUGCCAGACUCAGUGGAUCAGCCGCUCACGGCACCGAAACUUGGGCACCACGGAGGUUUAGCAGUGCGCUAAAACAACACGAAACGGCAGACAUAAGGCAUGGCAGCCAUAAGGAAAAAGCUGGUGAUAGUGGGAGAUGGAGCAUGUGGAAAGACCUGUCUGCUCAUAGUGUUCAGUAAAGACCAGUUCCCUGAAGUCUACGUGCCCACGGUCUUUGAGAACUACAUUGCAGACAUUGAGGUGGAUGGCAAACAGGUGGAGUUGGCCUUGUGGGACACAGCAGGUCAAGAAGAUUAUGACCGUUUGAGACCACUCUCCUACCCAGACACGGACGUCAUCCUUAUGUGCUUCUCCAUUGACAGCCCUGACAGUUUAGAGAAUAUUCCCGAAAAGUGGACACCAGAGGUGAAACACUUUUGUCCCAACGUUCCCAUUAUUUUAGUGGGGAAUAAGAAGGACCUGCGGAACGAUGAGCACACACGGAGGGAGCUGGCUAAGAUGAAGCAGGAGCCUGUUAAACCAGAAGAAGGCCGUGACAUGGCUAACCGUAUUAGCGCAUUUGGUUACCUGGAGUGCUCAGCCAAGACCAAGGAGGGUGUGAGGGAAGUGUUUGAAAUGGCGACUAGGGCAGCAUUGCAAGUCCGGAAGAGGAAGAAGAGGAGCGGAUGUUUGAUCUUGUGAAAAACUACUGGAAUCUUUCAGAAGCAUCCAGCAAUUUCCGUAUGGCAUUCAACUGACCAGGAAAAACCAACUGAAUUUUUAACCAAACAGUGUCUAUGUACUGUAAUGUACUGUAUGUCACAUGCAUCAAAAGGACCAAGACUGGGCAGUAAUGCGCGUUAGAUAUGCCUUGAUUAUUUAGUUGUACCUACCUACAGCGCAACGGGUCUUUUUGUGCUCCAGAGUGAGAUUUCCGCCUGAAUAUGAGGUAGAUGAUUAAGUAUGUUGUAUGCGUUCACACUAACUGUAUGUCUUUAGUCACUGCCCUGAUAAUAGUUAUUAUAUCCUAGAUGUGGCAUGAGGACUUUCAUUUGAACUUCACUGAUGUUAUGCGAGAUAUUAACAAAGCACAGUGUGUGAUGAUGGAA